AUGAAGUCCACCCGCAAUGUGCGAGUAGAAAAGACACUAGAAAUCGAAGACAAGGACAUCGAGGUCCUAGAUGAUGUCGGCAAAGAACCAGCCGACAAGAGUAAGAAAGCUUUGAAGAACAUUCUGGUCCAAGAAGAUGAUCGAGAGCGCUUCUUCCUUCUCAACUUAGGCUUAGCCAAGGAGGAGGAAAUGGAGUUAGAGCGGGCAAGAAGGCCGACAUUAGUACAUGUGGAAGCAGUUGAGGAGGAAGUAGACAAGGUGUUGGAAGCCAAGGCCAUUCGGGAGGUGAACUACCUAACCUGGCUGUCCAACACAGUAGUUGUGAAAAAGAAUAACGGGGCAGGAGUGGUGUUGGUAUCACCAGAUGGGCGAAUGAUUGAGCAAUCUAUUCGUUUGGGAUUCAAGGUCUCAAACAAUGAAGUAGACUAUGAGGUGCUGAUUGUAGGACUGAAAUUGGCAGUAGCCAUGGAAGCUGAUGAGGUGGUAGUCUUCUGUGACUCCCAGCUUAUUGUGAAUUAA